UUCCGUGGUAAAUCGAAUUUGGACUAAGUUCUCAAAGAUUGGAGUAUACAGCGGGGUGAUCAGGUGGAAAAUGCAUUUUCCGGCUUUUGAUGACUUCUAUCAGCGAAUUCUGUUUCUGUUGCCGUUCGCCGCAAAUUUGAGAUCCAAUGAAUUCGACUACAAAACACCAGAGAGUUGGCAGGUUAAAUACCCCCAGUGUGGAGGACCAGAUCAAUCGCCUAUUGCGAUUAGCAGACGAAAGGUUAUUCCAAUUAACUUGCACCCUCUGCUAUUCGGACUAUACGAUGAGCCUUUUGAUGAUCUGGUGACUGUGAGAAACACUGGACAUACAGUGGACUUUAUGGUGCCUGCGACGAUUUAUGGUGUCAAGCCCUUCGUCACAGGCGGCUUAUUGCGGGAUUGCUACGAAGCUGAGGAAGUGCACUUCCAUUGGGGAUCUUCCGGCAAGAAGGGAUCGGAACACGUUAUCAAUGGUCGUCGUCAUGACCUGGAAAUGCACAUAGUCCAUCGGAAUAAUAAAUAUCUGACCCUCAAAGAAGCACUAAACUACAGCGACGGCGUGACUGUGUUGGCAGUGCUUUUUAAGGUUGUAAGGGCAGGUCCCAUGUUCUACCAACCCGGACUCAACGAGGUCUUUAAUUCGCUGCUCCACUUGAGCGACUUUAACAGCAGCUAUACGGUGCCGGAACGUUUCACUCUGGGAUCUUUGUUGGGCAAUCUGGACAGAGGCAACUUCUACACGUACAAGGGAUCCUUGACCACGCCCCCCUGCUCACCGGUGGUCCAGUGGCAUGUGUUCGCCGAGGUGCUUCGCAUUUCGGAUAAGGAACUUCCCAAAUUUUUUCAACUGCACGACAAGUGGGGUAAUAAGCUGCUCAAAAAUUUCCGACCGCUGCAGUCGCAGGAAAACCGACUGAUUUUCCACCGCCAACCUUUCAUUCCGCUGCAACAGGAGCCACUGCAAGAACUGAUCUGGUUAUAGCCAGAA